GAUCUCUAUGCUAAUACUGUUUUGUCUGGUGGCACAUCCAUGUUCCCAGGAAUCGCUGAUCGAAUGCAGAAAGAAAUCACUGCUCUUGCUCCGAGCACUAUGAAGAUCAAAAUCAUUGCUCCACCUGAGCGCAAAUAUUCUGUCUGGAUUGGCGGAUCUAUCUUAGCUUCUCUGUCCACUUUCCAACAAAUGUGGAUUUCCAAGCAGGAGUAUGACGAGUCCGGCCCGUCGAUUGUUCACCGCAAAAUGUUGGACUUACACGCUCGCCAGUCAUUGUUCUUGUCUCUGAAACAGUGCAAAGCUCAUUAUGUUCGAUUUAAUGAAUUCCGACCUACAACACGGGGAUGUUAG